CUCAUUUAACUCCUGUCAAUACGAGAAUUGUACUCCAAUUUCGAUAGGAAAAUUGAGGAGAAAAAACCAUUGAUCUUGAUGUAAAUUAGCUAUAAAUACGUGUGUUUGUUUCAAUUAGUUGUAUUUAAAGAUAUUCAUAAUGUCAUUCGAGGUUGUUAUUAAGAAUGAACCGCUAGAUCCGGAUGAAAGUCUGGAAGAGACUUGCAACAAACCGGGAUCGCAAAUGGAGACUGAAUUCGUCAAUAUAAAAGUUGAAAUUGAAGAAAAAAGCGAUGAAUCAACAACACCUGAUAGUCAAGUGACAGUGAAGAUUGAGCCUCAGGACGUCGGCAUAGAGUAUGAAGCAGAGCAGACAGACGGACAAAUGUGCUUGCCUCAGGUCUGCAUUAAAUAUGAAGCAGCAGAACACACAGACAGACACACACGCCUGGUGAAGAUCGAGCCCGAUCAGGACUUACCUGAAGAGAAAGUACGAAAACAGAAGAAACGUCAAGGCCCGCCGUCUCCGAAGUUGAUUCUGCCAGACAUCCCCGACUACAAUGAUCCAACAUCAGUAGACAAAGUCAACGGAACUUCAUCUUGCCCUAUAUGUCACAAAGUAUUCUCAAAUCGAGGCAACGUGCAGCGCCACCUAGCCCUGCACGAGAAAGAAACAUACACCUGCGACUACUGCAACCGCACGUACACAAAUAAGAAAUUCUUCGACAAACAUAUCUACUUACAUACCAUAGAAAAGAAGUAUAAAUGCGACGUGUGUAAUAAGAGAUUCAAAACUGUCUCAAAUUUGGAGCAACACAAAAAGUCGCACUUGGAAAUAAAACCUCACACCUGCGAUAUAUGCGGGCGAACUUUCGGCAUAAGAGGCAAUAUGCUGAAACAUAGAGAACGGCAUAAAGCUAAAACGGAAAUCUUUAAAUGCCCUAUCUGUAAUAAAUUUUUCGAUAAAGAGUUUUUACUUAAUAGCCAUAUGUCAAGGCAUAAUGAACAAAAACCUUUCAUGUGCGAUGUAUGCUGCAUGAAUUUUAAGCAUAAAAGUACUUUAGUUCGGCAUACACAGUUACAUAACGGUAAUAAACCGUAUUUUUGCAAAGUAUGCUUUAAAAGAUUUACCUCUUACGGUUUAAUUAAGCCUCAUAUGCGCAUACACACAGGGGAAAAACCAUAUCCCUGCAGAAUGUGUAAAAAACCUUUUGCGCAUAAACAUAAUAGGGACAGACAUGAAGUCAGACAUAGCAAAGUAAAAAAUCUCGUUUGUCAUAUUUGUAAUAAGAAGUUUCCUAGAGAGAGCAGGCUGAAAUAUCACAUGAGGUCGCAUACUAAAGAGAAGCCGUUUUCUUGUAAUGUGUGUUAAAGAAAUUUCUCGCAUAAACAAAACGUAAUUAGGCAUUAUGACAGAAAACAUCCCAAUGUUGAGUAUGGGAUCACCAAAAAUGAGGUUAAAAUUGAAGAAGUCGAAUAAAGAAAAAGUACACCUUUUGUAGCUAUGACCACUUCCUUUAACCACUCCCGAAAAGUCGGCAGAGAUUGUUGCGAACAUAUUAUUACAAAUUUUUUUUUUUGUGUAUUUUUCUCUCAAUUGCAUUUUCGUGCAACUAGUCUAAAUAUGAUAUUUCAUGUUUUUGUCUGUGAUAAGUUUACUCUUAUAUUUGGUAUGGUACUUGUCCCGUGAGUGACAGUGAAGUCAUUUGUAAUUUAUUUCCUUUGCGACUUUUAAACGUGUAUAUAUUCGAUGUGUAUGUUAGAUUAACCAAAAUUGUCUUGAAUUAAUCAACUAAGUAGGUAGUCAAAACUACCCAUGUGAAGAAGUUUCAACCUUUAACGACAAAUCAUUCAAAAUUUACUGCAGAUUUGGCCGUUAUAUUUGAAUCAAUCCUAUUAGACAAUAGAAUUGUCAAAUGUUUUUUUUAAUCGAACAAAAUAAAACAAAAAUUCUAUUCUAACUAAUUUACUACUUCUAAAAUUAGGACGGUGGGACGCUAGAGGUUAAAUGUAAAUGUAAUUUGUUUCUUCCUUUGAGUAAAGUGUACAAAAUUACAUGCAAGAGGGGCUUUAGCUAAGCUGUUUAAAAUAGUUUAAAUUCCCAGAUCCCAGAGUCAUGUUUGCAGUUUUGAAUUUGGAACCGUUUAUUCCAUAUUAUAGCUCAAAAUUCGAUUCGAAUCGGUGAUUUUAAAAAUACACCGGGACUUAGGAAAAUAUGGCAAAUUAAGCCUUAAGCUGGGUCCACACUUGUAUCAUAUUGCCGAUUACGAUCACGCGUAUCGUAUCUUUUUCGCGUAUCAUGAUUGUUAGUGUGGACGCAAAAAGAUAGCCGAUAGUAGAAAGACGCCGUAUGUGAUCGCGCGCAAUCCAUGUUGCUACGCGGUUUUCGAUACACUCUCGAUCGGAUACGUAAGUAUUUUUAAAGGAGAAAACACCAUGCAUCAUUAAAUAAAGGAUUUAAUACAUUAAAACACGGAAAACAGGCAUAGCUUAGGUAAAUCACACUCGGACGCCGUGAUGGCGCGCGAUCUCUGACAGUUCGGGCGCCAAUACGGACCGUGCGCGUUGGAGGGUCUGCCAUCUUGUGGCCUGAAUCGGAACCAUAAAUAUGUACAUUUACACGUCACGUGAUUUCUUGUGCAUAGGAGGUUCUGCCAUCUUGUGGGCUACAUCGGAACAAUAAACAUCACAUUUACGCCUCGCGCCAAAAAUCUGACGGCUCCUGUGCUGCAUUCUAAAGUUCAUGCACGCUCCCUAUAGUGUGACCAUCCGUGACACCGAUCGUAGGGCUUGAAACAAGCAAGGCUCAAUCGGUUAUCAGUAUGGACGGUGGUGGUGGGUGGUAAGUGGUGGAGUGUGGACCCAGCUUUAGUUACUCAAUGGUCGAGACUUGAGAUCUCAUAGUUUGUAAGAUUAUGGGUGUGUAAUGGUUAGAAGCUACAUAAUCUGCUAAUACUGGUGCCUUUCUUUAGGCUUAGUCGUAGUCGGUUAAAAAGAGACAAAUAUAUGUUAAUCAGGCCAUCUCUUUCACACCCAUCGAGUCAAUAGGUAGUCAAAGAACCUUGUACCAUAUUCUGUUUAAAAUUGUUUAAGUUCUUGUUAACUUGUUAAUAUUUAUUUGCGUGUAAAUAAAAAUUAAUUAAUAUUCAA